AUGGCGCAGUCACUAGCAAAAUGGGGUAUUGUCACUUCAGAGGAGUUUGUGAAAGUACUGAAGCGGCCUGAAACAUCUAAAGAGGCACUUCCGAAUGGCGAGCGCAACGUGUCUCGGAUUGAAGUGCUGCAGUAUGCGUGGUCGGACAAUACCAUUUAUGUUCCGCAAAAAACAGAAAUGCUUCUGGACAUUACACUGGAGGCCAUGUUGAGUGCGAUACGGAACGUGAAAGGAAUUGAUGGAUUACAGCAUCAUAAUGAUACACGUUACUGGCAAUUACUUUCCUUCAUAUUGUCAUCACCGGAGGUCACGCCUGGGAUGCUGCAUGCAUUAGUGGGCAAGCAUAGUAUAUUCCAGCUAGCCAUGAGUGCAGCUGAAGAGUGCAAAAAUCACAGCACAUGGGAAAUCAUUGUAUCUCCUCUUUCCAUCCUUCUUCCUUUUAGCAUUCGUCGCUGGGGUGCGAGUCAAAUCGAUACGGUAAACUCACUGUUCCAAACUGUCCUGCACGCAUUACCGUGCAUUUGCGGGUCAGGACAGGUUGACGCGACUGUGAAUCUUCUGAAUGCUAUGUGCAAGUAUUGGGCACCUGCAUUAGAACUUGGGACGAACGCGAAAAAAACGUCCAAGUUUUUCUUGCAAGCAACACUGCUUCCUUUUGCCCGUGCACUCCACUACUCCCAACAGAUUGACGCACCAGCAUUGGAAGCUAGCAUCGUACCGAUUGCUGCAGCAUCUCUAUAUGAAGCUGCAGCAUUGGACGGUCCACGAAGUGCGCAAGGACUGCCUGACACACUACAGCCACUCACGGACGCUUUGGUGCAGCACAUCCAAGACGUGGAUGUAGCUCGGGCCAUGCUUUGCGUAAUACCCGUUUUUCUUGAUCAGCUGGUACGACGUAUUUGUGGAAUUGAUGUGCAAGCGCCUGUGCCACGUAUUCGACAAGGCGUGUUGGAACAAUACAUUACACCCAUUUGUCAAACAUUACAGCAGCUGCCGCCUACACUGUCAUGCGCUGUUGCACAUGCACGAUUGCUUCUUGUGGAAAAGAUUGCUGCACUGAAACUCUACAUUCCGGGAGGAGAGGAUCAAGAAGCAUGGUCUGCACUUUGGCGCAUCUUGUGCAAAGAGACACUGGUACUGCUGGAUUUUAAAUCGAGCACGCUUUGUGUAACGUACUGCUUCACGACAUUUACCGUCUUGUGGCGUGUGGAUAUGGCUACUUUAGAAGAGCUUCUUCCAAGCAUGCUAUCGACCACAUGCAACUUGCCCAAAGAGAUGGAGUGUGUUUGGGAAGCCGCUCACAAUUUUGUGUCAGAAGUGGUGGUCCGGUACGCCGAAAGCCGAAAUAUGUUGCACCUUUUUGGUAUUUUGCAGCAAGUGAUGGACCGUACGUGCGUGGGCGCCGAUCCCACUUUGUUUGCAACGCUUGCGCAGAGUCCACUGCUAGAAAAACGUAGCGUGGUGAAUCUUUCGUCUUUGCUGCAAAAUGCCGUGCCACCAGGGCAAGUACUCCCCAUGCUCUCCAUGACGCUAGAAAAUGUACAGCAACGAUUUGUACACGUGCAAAAAGAACCUGCGCCUGUGCUGUUCUCUGCACAUUUCCUUAUGUUGGUAAUCCAGAAUGUGGGACUCGAUCAUCUGCUCAACAACGAUGCUUACUUUGAAUCCAUGUUGAAAAUGGCCGACUCGCUCGUGGAAUGCGGUCUCCAAAAAAAUGAUAUGCUUGUUCGCGCGUGUAUUGCCGCGGGUCUUCGACUUCGUUUUGUUCUUGUGCGCAGAGCAUUUGUACAUGCACAGUGCACUGGCCAAGUGCUCCCUCCCAUGUUUACUUCUUAUACGUACCUCGACCAAUUGGUCCCGUUUUUUGCAUCGAAGGAGACUAUACCGCAAGUCCGCGCCGAGAUUCUGCGCACAGCAUUUGCGUGCGCUGAAGUGGAUUUGGCAUUCAAUGCACGAAAAGCGCCGUCGUACACAUUCUUGUCGUCGGUAGCCAGUCCUUUCCUUUUUGACGCCUUGCACAUGGGCAGUAUAUCUCAAUUUUCAGCUUGGGAUGGUCAAUUAUUUGGGCUAAUCGAUUCUGCAGACCUCCCUAGUGUGCUAUGGCGUAUGAUCACUGGUCGAUGGGCACGCGUCAUGGAUGCAUGUAUGAAUGUGACACAGCUUUGCGCAUGUAUUGAAUACAUGCAAAAAACAUUGCUUGCUUCACCGUCGGACAAGCUCGGGGGCCACCAAAAAACUAUAUCGGAAACAGCGCUGAAAAGUGCACAAUUUUUUGAGCUUUCACACUGGCGCGAGGCCAUUGUGCAGCAAAUGGAAGAAAGUGUUGCUUGGAUUGAUCCGUCUAAAGCGCCGCGCUGGAAAGCAGGCGCAAACUUGGAAGCUACACUAGCAGCAAUUAAUAUGUUGGAAAGACUGCCGAUAGGAAUCUUUCCUUCCUCGUCCUUGGAUCGCAUUGUCAGCUGCCUUGCUUGGCUUGAUGCAGCGUGGACGCUGCAUGGUUUAAAAGGGGAUACACAAGUAUGGACGGCACUGAAACUGUUUUUAUCACGCGCGGCCAGCACUACCACAGUGUGCUUCCCUAUACCCAUUUCUGUUUACAUAUUGGCGAUGGUCAAUAAGCCGAGCUGCAUACAAAAGUCGUGGGAACGCGCUAGUGUGCACCUUUUGUCGGCGUUGUUUUCCGCUCCCGAUGCGAUCGAGCAUGUGCUGCAUUCCGAUACAAUGGUCACCUUGUCAACAAGUAAUGCGCCGCUAGCGCAGCACAUUCUUGCUAUUUUAUUGGAGCACGCAGCAGAUGCAACGAUUCCAUUGCGAUCGUUACCGGCCAACUUGGGUUCAUCGACACUGGAAAAGGAAGUGAUGUCUGCUUUUGCAAAAAUGCAUGAAGAAAUGGAUGACAAUGCUUUCUGUCUUGCGCGGCUGCGUAUUUUACACGCAUCCGAAGCGGAUGUGUCUUCUGCAGCGCUGAUAUUUGAUCAACUGUUGAACAGCAUUGAAACAAUACCCUUUGCGGCGCAGCAAGAGGACGGGGUGCUUUUUGCGACUGCACUGUUUUCCUGCUUGUCCACACUGCGCUUCUAUCUGCAUGGGCAGAAAGGCAAACCAUAUGUCGCGCUUUGCAUGGCCUAUUCGUCUUUGUCUGCUAAACUCAACGGUUCCGAGCUUCUUACGCAUCGUUUUGUGCAAGCGAUUAUGUCCAUGGAUCAAGACUCGUAUGCAAGCACGCUUGAAACGUUGGAGCUUCCGUUUCUGCGAAAGAUGCCCGAAUGCACCAUUGACGACAUGUCGUCACUACUUAGUGUGAUGAGUAUUUUACUGCAGCACGCUCCUAGCGGGACGAGCAAGAUUGCAAGUGCGCGCUUUGCUUCUAUGGUCGUCCGACUGCCGUCUAUCGUAACACAGGCUCCCAUGCUAUCUCUAGCUGCUACCGAAAUGGUAAGGCGCGUAUGCCAAUAUAGGGCGUUGAUUUUGCGCAGCGCAGAUGUGGCCAAGAUCUUUGCAUUUUUUGGCGUACUAUUGCGGCCCGCCGGGACAGAAAACAAGAAUAUGGCGCUUACGUUGCAGGCAAACACAGUGUAUCAAGGCAUCGUUGCAAGUCUGUGCGCCAUUGUGCGCUUUCGCAAAGACUUGUUGAGUCCGCUUUUACCUCACCUGACAGCGCUGCUAUCUUCGCUGCUGCUUCCUCUCCUUUCCUUGCUUCGUUCCAACACCGGACGCGCACCGCUGCGCACACUGGCAGAAACAACGCCUUGCUGGCUUGAUGUUGUUUCAAGUCCACUGGGCUUAACCGAAGCGCGUUCUUUAAGUCGUCUUUAUACCGAGAUUUCCACCAAGACGACGUCAAUUGCAACAAUGAUUGCAAGCAAGAAACGAAAACUAACAAGUGAUGCAAUCCAAGUUGGUACGACCGAGACAUUGGGUCGCUCCAUGACAAAGCACGCAAUUUAUGUGCUUGUUGCCUAUGUCAGACUCGUCGCACAGCGCACGUCAACCAUUGCAGCGCCGUUGCGCCAAGCGCUUUUGCCCGGUCUCUUUGCUCUGUGCAGCAUCAUUAGCGAGUAUGAACGCGAUGCGGCACUCAAAGGCAUGCUCGAUGCGAGUGGCCAAGCUGUUUUCAAAUCAUUAUGGAAAGAAUGGGAACACGAACGGUACAAAGGAACAUGA